AUGGGAUCGAUUACACUUCGAAAGAGACUCAAAAAGCUUGACUUUAAGCCGGGACAUUCCAUUUAUGAGGAUAUCCGUCAACGCGUCCCCUAUUAUAAGUCAGACUGGCGAGAUGCUUGGCAUUAUCGAAUAUUGCCAGCAAGCUUGAAUAUUUAUUUUGCAAAUUUGCUGCCCGAAUUAGCCUUUGCUCUAGACAUGUUUUCUAAAACAGAAAAUAGCUUCGGUGUCAAUGAGGUUUUGUUAGCAAGUGUUCUUGGCUCAGUUGUUUUUUCGUUAUUAUCUUCGCAGCCUUUAUGCAUCGUUGGUGUUACCGGUCCGAUUACUGUAUUUAAUUACACGAUUUACAACAUUAUUCAUGACAGAAAUACGCCAUAUUUUCCUUUUCUUUGUUGGAUCUGUUUAUGGUCUGCGGUUUUCCAUUGUAUAAUUGCUCUCACGAACCUCGUACACUUUGUUAAAUACAUUACGAAAUUUAGUUGCGAGAUUUUCGGGCUAUAUGUUGCAUUUAUUUAUUUGGAGAAGGGUGUUCAAGUUUUAACUGAUCAGCUUCAACAUGGCCUAGCCAACACUUUUCUUGCAAUAACUAUUGCUUUAUUAUUUCUAAUUAUUGGUUGGGCUUGUAAUUGUAUCGGAAGCUCGUCUCUGUUUAAUCAUAGAGUCCGAGUUUUCUUACUUGAUUAUGGCUUGGUAGCUUCAAUUAUUUUUUUUAGUGGCUUUCAACAUAUAGGGAAAAUGCGUCAGAUAGACUUGUCAAAGUUGCCAACGUCGAAGGCUUUUCUGCCUACUCAGGACCGAAGUUGGUUUAUCAAAUUUUGGCAAAUCUCUGUAGGAGAUGUUUUUUUGGCUAUUCCAUUCGCUAUUAUAUUGACCAUACUGUUUUAUUUUGAUCAUAAUGUUUCGUCAUUAAUGGCACAAGAUCCUUCGUUUCCUCUGAAGAAACCUUCUGGGUUCCAUUGGGACUUCUUUUUAUUGGGAAUAACGACUGGUGUUAGUGGAAUUCUCGGGAUACCCGCACCAAACGGCCUUAUCCCUCAAGCACCGAUGCAUACAGCGACCCUUUGUGUAACAAAAAUUGAGAAAGACGACGAAGAAAAGCAAGCUUGGAAAAUAAAAGUAGUGAUUGAGCGAGUUAUUGAACAAAGAGUGAGCAAUUUUCUACAAGGAUUAAUGACGCUGGGAACUAUGACAGGACCGCUGUUGGUAGUUUUGCAUCAGAUUCCCCAAUGCGUCUUAGCAGGCUUAUUUUGGGUUAUGGGAUUGUCCGCUAUUGCUGGUAAUAAUAUAGCACGAAAUAUUUUUUAUAUAUUUGGAGAUCGAAGAGUUUUAUCACAAGGUCAUGUGCUAAAUCACUGUCGAUCGCGUAAAGCAGUUUGGUUGUAUACUUGUCUGCAACUAUUGGGUUUUGGAGCGACAUUCGCAAUUACACAGAUUGACAAAGCGUCAAUUGGAUUCCCAAUAGUCAUUCUUUUAUUAAUUCCAUUUCGAACAUACUUAAUGCCCCGAUGGUUUUAUGAGGAAGAUUUAGAAAUUCUUGAUGAAAAUGUGGGGCUUUCAGCAUAUCGUGAGGGAGCUUUCUAG